AGAGGAGGAAGAACCUCUUGGGGUUAACUACGGCGUCACGUAAUCAACUUCAAAUCUGUUCAUCGAGUGAGUUUAACGUGCAGGACAGCUGCGCAGGGACAGAGUGAAGGAGGCGGGAGCCGACAAACAGCGCAGACAUGAGCGGCCACUGGAUGCGGACCCACCAGCAGAGGCUGAUCCAGCGCCAGAACCAGGAGCAGCACAGGGAACAGGAGACCAGGCGUCUGGACAAGGAGAGACAGAUCCAGGCCGGACAGAAGGACGAGGAGCGCUUCGAGAGGAAGAGGCUCCUCCGACAGAUGCAGGAGGAGCUCCAGCAGAGGGAGCGCGAGAGCGCUCAGCUCCAGACAGAGGAGGAGAGAUUAAACAGGCAGAGACAGCUGGAACAAGAGGAGAGAAUCGCUAAAGAGUUGGCUCGAAUCACAAAUGAGAAGCAAAGAGAGGAGAAGAUGAGGCAGCACAUUAUAGAAAACAGUGUGGAGCUCCGGGAGUUGGAUUCCAGACUAAAGAGUGUAUAUGCCCAUAGAGAAGUAGCUGCACAGAUCGCAGAGAUGGAAGCUAUGAGGUUGGAAACCAUGCGUGAGGAGGCCGAAUUUACCCGCCAGAUGAGGAGUGAAUGGGAGCGGGCAGAAUGUGAGCAGCAGAAGCUGGAGCAGAAACAUCACCAGGAGGUGGUGCAGUACCAGAGAGAGCUGGAGCAGCAGAUGAUGGAGAGGGAGCGAAAAAGACAAGAGGCGUACGAGGAGUACCUCACCGAGAAGCUCAUGGUGGACGAGAUCGUCAGGAAAGUUUAUGAGGAGGAUCGGAAAGAGAGAGAGCUGAAGCUGGAGAAAGUCAGAGCCACACAGCAGAGCAUUGAGGAAUUCCAAAGGCAGAAGGCCGAGGCGAGACGCAUGGAGCAAGAGAAGCUGGAGGCCGAGAACAAACGCAUCAUGGAGUUCGCAAAGCAGAAACAGCUGAUAAAGGAGCAGGAAGUGACAAAGACGAAAGAGAAGGAUGAUGUGAAGGAACAGCUCUAUAAAAAGGUGGCCGAGCAGAUUGAAAAAGACAGGCAGCAGCGGGAGGAGAUGGAGCGGAUCCGUGAGGAGCUCUAUCUGGAAGAACAAGAAGAGGCCAACAGACAGCGCGAUAUCGAGGAGAUGGAGAAUAAAGCCAGACAGAGGCUGAUGAUGCAGAAAACCAUCCAGGAGCAGCUGGCUUUCAAAGAGAUGCGCAGGCAGGCGGAGAGGGAGGAGGAGGAGGCCUUCAGGAAAACGAUGAUGGCUAAGUUUGCGGAGGACGACCGCAUCGAGCAGAUGAACGACCGCAAGCGACGCCUGAAGCAGCUCGAACACAAGCUGGCUGUGGAGAAACUGCUGGAGGACAGACGGCGCCAGCGUGAGCUGGACAUGGAGUUGGAAGCUAAAGAAAGAGCGAUUGAGCAGGAGAGGGAGGCGCUGCGCAGACAGAUAAUCGAAGAGGAGAAGCAGCGACGUCUACAACUCCUCGACCACUUUCAAAAGGAUGUGCUCCAGAGAAGAGAACAGGAAGAUGAUGAUGAAGAUCUAAGUGAAAACUUUAACAGUUUAAACCUCUGAUAUCUUCAGUGAAGAUGGCUGGAGCAGCUGAGACUACACGGUUCUCCUUCAGUUUCACCACCAGAGGGCACUUUAAGGUCACUGUGAAUGUGUUGCAGUUUAGGGACUCUACAAUGUGGUUUCAAGUUGUUUUUUCUUUUUAAUUUGAACUGUGAUUCAGAAAGUGUGAAGACUGUUUUCUUUCAUAAGAGAAAAUCAUAAAAUGUUGAAUAUGUGUGUGUUUAUGACUUUCCCCAGUCCAAAGCUCUCAGGAACUCUUCUUCUGUGAAGGACAGCAGCUUCGCAGCUUCCAAAUGCAUCUGCACACACAGAGACUCUGUUCGGGUUUCCAGUUCCAGUCAGAUUAAUCGGGUCGCUGUGGAGACGCUUACCUUCUGUCUUUUGAGAAUGUCGAUCAGCUUGAGCUGUUUCUUGAAUCCCACGAUGAGUUCUCCUUUCUGUUUUUUCAGCAUUUUGUUUUCGGCCUCCAGGUUUUCUCUACCCUGAUGUUCCUCGCUGAUCUUUUCCUUUGAAACAAUUUGAAAGAGUCGUGUAAAAGAUGAUCCGAGUCUUCCCUCGUUUGCUCAAUGUUUCAGAUCAGAUCUGGUUAAACUAUCGCUGUCAACAAUUGUGUCUUUUUCCAUUUUUUGCACAAAUAUGUUUUAGCUUCCUAUGAGACUAAAAUUCACCUGCUGCACAUAAAAUGUUAUUAAAUAUUUUUGAUCUUACAGGAGACUGAAACAGGUGAAUUUGUUCAGAAAGCACUCAGAAUUUUGCUGUUAUGCCCCCUCAUGUGGAGGAAUUCAAUGGUGUAUUUAAAUAAAGACUGAAUAUUUUUUUCUUUUCCCCAAAAGUGCAAACCAUGUUUCUUUUGCUUUGAACAUUUUCUAGAAAUCCUCAGGAACUGAAGUGUCUUACUGCACCUUCGUAACAUUUUCUCAGCGUGAAAGAGAGAUUACAAUCGAUCACGGAUUAACAACCAAACUAUCAAAUAAUAUUUACUCUUGAUGCAGGACUCUGUGAUUAAGUCAAGCACUUUGUACUGAUGAAAUAUUUCACCUGAACGACUCAAGAAAAAAACAUUUUGGUAUGUUGGUUCAGUUGAGAGGAAGAGUUUAAUAAAUAUCAAAGAUCAAAAACUGAGAAACACCGAUAACCAAUCAGGCUUGAGUAUCUUACAAAU